AUGGCGCAAAUCGAUCCGGACUUCCCUUGCUCGUUAACCAUCCACGUACCAUUCCCUAACAACCGCCUCGCUCGCGCCGCCAUCACGACCCUUUCCGUUGAUCCCGAGUUGUCACAGCUGGUGCAAAGGUCCUUCAGUUUAGUAGAAUCCUUGCCGGACGGCAAUACUGUCGUACAAGGGAAUCCGUUCAAAGCUUCACUCAUUACAAAUGCCGCGCCCACAGAGCCCAUCCAGGCUUUAGCAGACUCUACAUCUGCAGUGAAGCUCGACGAGGUUCAUCAAGAUCGGAAUGAUCCGAAGAAGACGGUUUUGAAGACCGAGUACAAGGCCACCACCAACCGCAUGCUACGUGUUGCUGUCAACGGCUUCUUUGAGUCGCUCGGCACAGUCAUACAGGUCAUGGAAGAGCUGGACGUUGAUGUGGUUCACGAGAAAGGUCUUGAGAGCCUGGAUGGUGCCCAAGGUGUCGAGCAAGGUAUGACUGGUAGCACAGGCUGA